GGCGAUGCUGGCAGCACUGGGAUUCAAAUAUUUUUUGAACGAGUUCUGGGUAGAAAGAGGAAUUAUUUUGGAUAUUUAUUUUUCAAAUUUCAAUUUUCAGUUUUGUUUAGAAAUUUGAAAUUAGACAUUAACAAUGGCUGAUUUGCCGUAUCAAGCCGAAUACGCUAAAUCAGGCAGAGCAGGUUGUAAAGCAUGUAAGCAAAAAAUUGACCAAGGAACCCUACGAAUAGCGAUCAUGGUGCAGUCCGCUUUUCAUGAUGGCAAACAACCAAAUUGGCACCAUGAAGAAUGCUUCUUCCGCAAGAAGUCUCCUGGGAGCAUUGCUGAAAUAGCUAAUUUUAAUAAGCUGAAACAUGCAGAUCAAACACGUAUCAAAAGCCAGUUGGGAAAUCCAUCAGGAAUUGUCAUGCCUGCUGAGAAGGGCAAGAAAGGCAAAGUAACAAAAAGGGAAAAUAGUGAAAAGGCAGCUCUAGCCAAUUAUUCAAUUGAAUAUGCUAAAUCCAGCAGGGCAACUUGUAAACAUUGUGAUAUUAAAAUUUGUAAGGAUGAAGUAAGGGUUUCAAAACUUGGAUAUGACCCCAAAUUUGGUGAUCACCCAAUGUGGCACCAUGUCCAAUGUUUUGCUGAAAAGAAAAAUGAAUUUAUGUUCCUCGCUGGAGGGGAAGAUAUCCCAGGCUUUAAAGAUCUCAGCAAAGAAGACCAGAAAUUGGUUAAGGAAACCAUAAAGGCAUCUGCACUUGAUGAUGUGCCAGUGAAGAAACUAAAACUGGAACCCAAGGAUGAAGUAGAAGAGAAAAAAGAGAAAGAAUUGCAAAAGAAGAUAGAGAAGCAGAACAAAACAUUUCACAAAUAUAGGAAUGGACUCAGCGAUGUUCCCAGAAACCUUAUUGAUGAUUUACUUGAAGAAAAUUCGCAAGAAAUUCUCAAGGGCAGAGAUGAGUGUUUGGAUCAUCUUGCUGAUAUAUUAACAUUUGGUGCUCUCGAGCCCUGCCCUGACUGCAAAAAUGGCCAAUUGGUAUUGGAUACAUUUUCAUAUAAGUGUACAGGUAACUUGAGUGAAUGGUCGAAAUGCAGAUACACAACUAAAACUCCUAAACGGAAGCCAGUAAAGGUUCCUAAAGUAUUCAAGGAAAUCCCAAUUUUGAAAAGUUACAAAGGUAAAUGUAGUGAACGAUUGUUUGAAAGCGAGCCUCCACCGACUUUGGUAGUGCUGAAAAAAGAGGAAUCACAAAGUUCUCAGUCGCAACUGCCACUGCCUCCGUUGAAAAAUCUGCAAUUUUUCCUUUAUGGUAAAUUCAAAGCUCCCAAAGAAGAGGUGAAGAACCGCAUCUUGAAAAUGGGUGGUUUAGUUGUGAGCAAGCUGACUGACACGCUGGCCGCCGUCGUCAGCACCAAGCACGACCUGGACAAGAUGCCCAGCAAGAUGCGGGAGAUACAGGAGAAAAACUUGGAGGUUGUUGAAGAAUCAUUCUUGGAUUUGAUUGAUCCUAAAGAUGGAAGUGUUACAAAAACUCUUGAUCUUAUAAAAGAAAAUAAUAUUGCGGACUGGGGUUCUGACCCAACAAAACGUGUACCGCAAGAUGUCAUCGACGGAAAAUCUAUACCUAAAUCUGGUAGCUUGUAUGCGAAAUCCAAAUCUGCAAUCAUGAAACUAAAAGUACAAGGCGGUACAGCCGUGGACCCCGACUCGGGCGUGGCGGACAUCGCGCACGUUUACCAGGAUUGGAAUGGCACCAAGUACACCACAGUGCUCUCCAAGACUGACGUGGUCGCGGGCAAGAACUCCUACUACAAGCUCCAAGUGCUGAAGGCCAAUACGCAAAACAAAUUUUGGCUGUUCCGAUCUUGGGGGAGAAUUGGCACACCUAUCGGUGGAAACAAACUUGAAGACUGCAAAAGCCUGGACGAGGCCAUCAACAAGUUUGAAGAUCUUUACCUUGAGCGAACACAAAACCCUUGGGAGAUGAGAGAUGAUUUCAUAAAGAUGCCAGAGGCGUACUAUCCCAUUGACGUGGACUACGGCGACGAACCGACGGCCGCCAUGGCCGUGGACGCGAAGUGCAACCUUGCCAUGCCCGUGCAGAAGCUGCUUACGAGGAUCUUUGACAUCAACACCAUGAAGAAAACCCUCCUGGAGUUUGAACUUGACACUGAAAAGAUGCCUUUAGGAAAACUGUCCAAGAAGCAAAUAAAAUCUGGAUAUAAUGUUCUGUCAGAGUUACUUAAAUAUUUGGAGAAAGGUCAAAUGAAUGAAAACAAAAUCAUCGAUGCUACAAACAGGUUCUACACGUUAGUACCGCACAAUUUCGGCACGGAUAAUCCUCCAUUGUUAAAUUCAGUUGAAACAAUUAAAAAUAAAACUGAAAUGCUGGAUAACUUGCUGGAAAUUGAAAUUGCCUAUAGUCUUCUUAAAAAUGAUAAUGAAGAUGAGGGUGUCAGUCCGAUCGAAGCCCACUACCGCAAGCUGAAGGCGGAGAUAAGUCCACUCGACAAGAAGUCGGACGAGUUCGCGAUGAUCGAGGAGUACGUGCGCAACACGCACGCUGCCACACAUUCCAGCUACUCGCUCAAAGUGCAAGAGGUAUUUAAAGUGGUCCGCGAAGGUGAGGAGAAGCGCUUCAAGCCAUUCAAGAAACUUCACAACAGAAAGCUCUUGUGGCACGGAUCGAGAGUUACCAACUUUGCUGGUAUACUCUCACAAGGUCUCAGAAUCGCGCCCCCGGAAGCGCCGGUGACGGGCUACAUGUUCGGCAAGGGAAUCUACUUCGCGGACAUGGUGUCCAAGUCCGCUAACUACUGCGCCACUGACAAGAAGAACAACGUCGGCCUGCUGCUGCUGAGCGAGGUGGCGCUCGGAGAUAUGAAAGAAUGCUGCCAGGCGGAGUACGUGACGAAGCUGCCGCCGGGCAAGCACUCGGUGUGGGGCCGCGGCCGCACGCAGCCCGACCCCGCGCAGAGCCGCAUGCUCGACGGCGACGUACAGGUGCCGCUCGGCAAGCCCGUCACCGCGCCCGUUAACACCUCGCUGCUCUACAACGAAUUCAUUGUAUACGACGUUGCGCAAGUAAACGUCAAAUAUUUGAUACAGAUGCAGUUCAACUAUGCCUACUGAACAAUCUACGCAGUUUAUUAUUCUUAAUGAGAAAGUAUUAAAAAUUAAAAUGUUACAAACUUUUUGUUUCCAGUUUAUUUGCGCUGUGCCAUUAUUAAGUUUCUUAUUUUCAUCAAUUAUUUUUAGUAUUAAGUUUCAGUUUAAAUAUUCCACUACUGAUUAAUUAUUAUUAUUAAUGAUAAAAAUAGUUUUAGUUACUCGCUUACAUAUUAUCUUAUCUGUGAUUGGUUUAAUUUUUGCAUUUUCAUUUGAAUUAAUAAAUAACUAAGAAUGUUAAACAAACCAGUGGCAUGCAGAUUAAAGAAGCAUAAAAGUAUUGCUGCCUACCUAAUGUCACAAUGUUUGGUUUCAAACCCUGUGCACACUACUGCUAUAUGUUCAUAAAAAACGAUAAUAAUGUUGAUUCUUGAUAAUUCGUAAAAAAAAUAUAAUUUGUAACAGUUU